AUGCAAGAGUCACUGCCUCUACCACCAUCACCAGCAGAGCCUAAGCUGAGAGGAAACCACGGUUCUCACUACCCUGAGCACCCCUUUCCAACCACCUGUUACAACAUAGUGGAUUACUAUGAAGUUCUAGAAUUGCAGAGAUAUACUUCACCUGUGGACAUUAAAAAGGCUUAUUGAAAAGUGGCACUUAAAUGGCACCCUGAUAAAAAUCCAGAAAAUAAAGAAGAAGCCGAGAGAAAAUUCAAAGAAGUAGCUGAGGCAUAUGAGGUAUUAUCAAAUGAUGAAAAACGGGACAUUUAUGAUAAAUAUGGCAAAGAAGGAUUAAAUGGUGGAGGCAGAAGUCAUUUUGAUGAUUCUUCUGAAUAUGGCUUCACAUUCCGUAAGCCAGAUGAUGUCUUUAAAGAAGUUUUUCGUAAAAGGGACCCAUUUUCAUUUCAUUUCUUUGAAGACUUGUUGAGGACCUUUUUUGAAGACCUUUUAAAUAACCCAAGAAGCUCCUAUGGAAGCAGAAACAGAGGUAAGAUCUUUUUCUCUACAUCCAGUGAAUAUCCACCUUUCGAGAGAUUUUCUUCAUAUGAUACAGAAUAUAUACCAUGUGGUUCACUGGGCCAUGAGGGCCUUAGUUCAUUCUCUUCCCUGACAUUUGACGACAGUGGGAUGGGCAACUACAUAUCUGUUACAACUUCAGGUAAAAUUGUUAAUGGCAGAAAUACCAAUACAAAGAGAAUUAUUGAGAAUGAUCAAGAAAGAGACAAAGACAAUGGUGAGUUGAAGUCCUUUCUUUUAAAUGGUAUGGCAAAUGAAGAGAGCUUUGCUGAAGAAUGCAGUUGGAGAAGACGGUCAUUCAACAAUUAUUCACCAAAGUCCUGCAGCCCCAAACAUGUAUCUCAAUAUAUUUGCAACUGGAAUCCCUCUAUUUUCUCAGCAGGAUUCAAAGAAGGUGGUAAGAGGAAAAAAAAGAAGCAUAAAGAGGUACAGAAGAAGAAGUCAACUAAAAGGAAUCAUUAA